GUGACGUCACCGCUGUCACUGUGGCAGGCGGCCUCUCUGUGUUCGCCCUCGUCUCAUCAUCAGCUGCUCAAGCCGGUUAUAUCUCCUUUCAAACGGCAGUAAAGAAACACACACCGCGUAAAGAAUCGCAUUAAACUGCUUUCCCCAGCGCGCUGCAAUGGCCGACCCGAAGUAUGCGAACCUGCCGGGCAUCGCCUCCAACGAGCCUGAUGUCUAUGAGACGAGUGAUCUGCCCGAGGAUGAUCAGGCGCAGUUUGAGUCGGAGCUGGAGGAGCUGUGCAGUGAUAGCGUGGAGCGGCUCGUCGUCAAUCCCAACGCCGCCUACGACAAGUUCAAAGACAAACACGUCAGCGCCAAGGGUUUGGAUUUUCAUGACCGCAUCAGUAAGAGUCGCAGGGUGGGCUACGAGUCUGGAGAGUUUGAGCUUUUAGCGGAGGGUUGUGGCGUGAAGGAAACUCCUCAGCAGAAAUAUCAGCGACUGGUUAAUGAGAUUCACGAGCUCUGCCAGGAUGUGGAACAAAUUCAGGUCAGGUCUAAAGAGAGCAGCUCAGAGGAGCGUCUGACUCCGGUGGCUUUGGCUCAGCAGGCAGCGCAGCUCAAACAGCAGCUGGUUUCAGCUCAUCUGGACUCUCUGCUCGGACCCAAUGCUCACAUCAACCUCACCGACCCUGACGGAGCGCUCGCCAAGCGGUUGUUGACUCAGCUGGAGGUCGCGCGGGGCGUGAGGAGCGGAGCGGGUGCAGAAAACAAGACAGCGGCACCCAAAGGACCAGACGGAGUGAUUCUCUACGAGCUCCACAGCCGACCGGAGCAAGAGAAGUUCACCGAGUCUGCUAAAAUCGCCGAGCUGGAGAGACGGCUGGCCGAACUGGAGACAGCGCUAGGAUCCGGCGCAGAGAAACAGGGUCCGCUCAGCGCCGGGGUUCAGGGAGCCAGUCUGAUGGACACUAUAGAGCUGCUGCAGGCGCGGGUCGGUGCGCUGGACGCUGCCACGCUGGACCAAGUGGAAGCCAGACUACAGAGCGUUCUGGGGAAGAUGAAUGAAAUCGCUAAGCACAAGGCGGCCAUCGAGGACGCUGAGACCCAGAACAAGGUGUCUCAGCUGUAUGACGUGGUGCAGAAGUGGGAUGCCAUGGCCACGUCUCUCCCGCAGCUGCUGCAGAGACUGCUGGCCGUCAGAGAGCUGCACGAGCAGGCGAUGCAGUUCGGGCAGCUGCUGACCCAUCUGGACACGACACAGCAGAUGAUCAACAACUCUCUGAAGGACAACAGCACUCUGCUCACGCAGGUCCAGCAAACCAUGAAGGAGAACCUGCUGUCUGUGGAGGAGAACUUCUCCGCGCUGGACCAGAGGAUGAAGAAACUCUCCAAAUAAAUAAAUGAGAGAGAGAAGGAAGAGGGAGUCCGUUAGCUCUGUUUCUCAUGCCGCCCUUUUGUUUUCCUGCUGAGUGUCGAGAGCGAACGUUCCCACACUACAGAAGCUCCUAAAGCUUCAGCGUUCAGAUGCUCUCCGUCACACCCGCUCUGAAAGCGUUCUGAUUUUAAGCACUUUCCAUCGUGAUCCACACGGACUUUGUUUUGAAGGUGAGGAGGCGCUGUGUGUGUAAAUACAGGCUCAUCUGUACUUUAACUCGUUCUCACCAGCGAUUGCUUCUGUUACUGUAUUAUUAAUGUGUGACGCUGAGUCCACGAAUUAUGAUCCUUUUCCAAUAUAGAAUUACAAAUGCAGCUCUGGAUAAUAAAAUGCUUCCAGAAAUCA